ACUUUUACUUUGAUAUACUUCAAGCAAAGCAACAUAGACAAUAGUAAUUUCAAUCUAAGGGGACCGGCCCGAUACUUACCACACUCUACACAUAUUUACAAAAACGUAUAUUCUUUAUAGCUUUGAACCAUGUUCAGUCUCGCGCCAACCUUAGUUCUAUUCGGAGCUACCUUUCUAGGAGAAGUACUCGCUUUAGACUUCCCAAUCAAUCUGCAGAUACCCGAAGAUGGAGUUCUGGGUGACACCUUUGGCGAUAGUAACAUUGAAACACUCCUGGACCCAUACACCGAAUUAGACUUCACCCCAACGGAGGAGCUUGCACAUCUGCAAUACACAGACAACUUUACCGUGGAACUGAGACGACGGGUGCAGCUUGCCUUGGAACUUCCUUUCAAAGAAGUCGAUUUCGAGACGCACUAUGAUGAAAACGGGGAAGUGGAAUAUUAUCCCGUGUACCAAUUCGACAACGGAACUACCGUCACCGUGAAGUCCGACUAUCUCCUGUUAGAGAACGGACACUUGGUUCACCAGGACGAUGUUGGUGGCUACUACAAAGAAAACGGAGAGAAUGUGGGCCAAGGGGACGAUCCCGCCUUACUAGAAGGACGGACCUUUGUGCACGAAGAACGAUUUAUCUGGAACCAAGCGCUAGAGGCCGGUCGAGUGUCGGCGUGUGGGUGUACUGGACUGCAGGUGAUGCUCAAAGAGGAAUGCGUUCCCUCGCUAGAGCACGCGAUUGAGAAUAGUGUCGCUGGUGACGUGAUCAUCCUAUCCAACAACAAUACUAUCAGCAAGCCAGUUUACUUCGGACACGACCUCGCAUUAGUGGGAGAGACCUGUGAUGACUAUGGCAAGCCUACGUUGUAUGUGAACUUCCACGACAAGUACAAGGCCGGUCUGAUGCUGACCAAGUAA